AUGGCCAAUGCCUUAGUAAAGGUCUGUGUCCAAUUAAGCUUCUUAGACUGUGGAUCGGGGCACGUGUACCUGGAGGCAGGAGACAGCGCAGACUUCCGUGUGACUCAGGAUGGAGCUGUGUAUGCUCUACGGCACCUCUCCAUGGACGGGCUGAACAAACACAUGCUGGUGGUCUACGCUCGAGACCUGGAGUCCAAACAGGUGUGGAAGACCAGGGUGCACCUCAAGACCAGCACCCAUGGAGACAAGCCAGCACCCAUAAAGGUGAAUGCAGGUGCAACGGUCCUGACUCAACAACAGAAGCAGCAGCAGCAGUCUAUGCCGGAGGUGCUGUUUCUGUGGAGAAGCGUGGUUGCUGGGGGCAACGGGGCACUCAGGCGGGUCAAGAGGGACUGGGUCAUCCCCCCUAUCAAUGUGCCCGAGAACUCCAGAGGGCAGUUCCCAGAGGACCUCGUCAGGAUUCGCUCAGACCGGGACAAGAACCGCCUGUUACGCUACAGUGUGACAGGACCAGGAGCAGACCAGCCGCCCACCGGGAUCUUCAUCAUCAACCCUAUCUCUGGACAGCUGUCUGUGACUAAACCCUUGGAUCGAGAGCACAUCUCCAACUUCCAUGUAAAUCACUGGAAUUAG